AUGCCAGUUGACAUUGACAGCUGUGAAUUACAACAAUUAGAACAUAUCUACUAUAACAUCGUCUUUAUCCAAAGUCUCAAGCCACGAAUAAACCGUAAUCCACUGGUCAGUGCGCUGGAACCGUGCUUGCGGGAGAUCAAGCUGACUUGCAAUUCAAACAUUUUUCUAUCCAAUAAAAAGUCCACACAUUUUUUGUUUGAGUACAAGAAAAGUGGCGAUGGAAAAGUCUACGACUCUUUCACCAUUUCAAGAGACUACAGAGAUGUUCUAGCUUGA